CCCACACCCUCAAAUUUUCACAGCGAAGGGCGGAAAAGAGCGAGAGCGAGCGGGCGAGCGAGAGAGAGAGAGCGCGAACAAUGGCGGAGACGGGGGAAGAGAAGCGGCUGGCCCGCGAGAUCGCGAGGGUUCUGGACGAGUGCCGGCUCUCCCACGCCGUGCACACCCGGAAGCUGAGAGAGCUCUCCGCCCUCCGCUCCUCCGCCCCUCCCGGCCUCUUCUUCCCUUCCUUCGCCCGAGCCCUGACCCCUCUCUUCGACUUAUUAUAAUGCGAUUGCCAGAUGAUGCGGAGGUGAGUGACCGGCUAUGGGAUGAGGUGAUCGACAACAUAAAAGAGCGGGUUGGAGACAAAGUCCCUGCAAUCCGUGCUUUUGCAGUGCGUGCUCUAUCACGAUUUGCCAAUGAUGUCGAGAGUGGUGACAUUCUCAAUCUCUUCCUACAAACUCUGUCUCAAGAACAAAAUGCUGAGGUUCGGAAAACAAUAGUAUUAUCUCUGCCCCCUUCGAAUGCCACGACUGAGGCAAUUGUUGGGUCCACGCUUGAUGUGAGUGAGUCAGUGCGCAGAUCAGCAUAUUGUGUCCUGGCAAGUAAAUUUCCACUUCAAAGUCUUAGCAUCAAGCAUAGGACCAUUAUCCUUCGGAGGGGGCUUUCAGACAGAUCUUCAUCUGUAACAAAAGAAUGUUUAAAGAUGCUGAAAGAUGAGUGGCUUACAAAGUCUUGUGGGGGAGAUCCAAUUGCCCUUUUGAGGUUUCUUGAUGUAGAGACUUAUGAGUCAGUUGGAGAAGCUGUGAUGGAGGCCCUUCUAAAAGAUGGCAUUGUGCGAGUUCAAGAAGGUCAGAGCAUCAGACAGUAUUUGAAUUCUUCUAAUAAAAGUGAAGGGGAAUUCACUUCUAGUGUUCAGCUUAUGGAAGCAGAGGUUUCUCUUUAUUGGAAAACUGUCUGUAGGCAUCUUCAAACUCAAGCUCAAGCUAAAGGUUCCGAUGCUGCAACUACUACAGGCACUGAAGCUGCAGUAUAUGCAUCAGAAGCAUCAGACAACAAUGACCUUUUAGAGGGUAUCCUUCCUGUUACAAUAUCUGACUAUGUCGAUUUAGUGAGGGCACACCUUUCUGCAGGACCAAAUUAUCAUUUCACAUGCCGGCAGCUACUACUACUUGGUGCCAUACUUGAUUUCUCAGAUACUGCAAACAGGAAGAUUGCUGGAGCUUUUGUGCAGGAACUUUUACUUAGGCCUCUAGAAUAUGAAGUUGAUGAUGAUGGGAGUAAGAUUGUCAUAGGAGAUGGAGUUAGUCUUGGUGGGGAAAGGGACUGGGCGAGAGCAGUGUCAGAAUUGGCUAGAAAAGUGCAUGCUUCUACAGGUGAAUUUGAAGCAGUCGUCACCAGUGUAGUUGAGGAGCUUGCUCGUCCUUGCAGAGAUAGAACUGCUGAUUACAUGCACUGGAUACAUUGCCUUGCAGUGACUGGACUUCUCUUGGAGAACAUUGAUUCUCUGUGGAGCCUCCAUGGAAAAGCCAUUGAACCUUCUGAGUUACUACAUUCUUUGUUGCUUCCAGGGGUGAAACAGAUUCAUGUCGAUGUCCAAAGGGUUGCUACGAGAUGCCUUUGCCUCUACGGACUGUUAGAAAGGAGCCCAAGUGAAGAGCUAGUAAAGCAGUUACGCCUCUCCUUUAUUAAUGGCCCUGCUCCAGUCAGUAUCAUGGCUAGUAAGGCACUAAUUGAUCUUGCCACAUGGCAUGGUCCUCAGGCAGUUGACAAGGCCACUGGGAUGGAUCUGCAACAAUCUGGUGAUGAAAAAAAUGGAUUUAUUUCAGUGGAUUUAUCAAAUUUAAACGAGGAUGCAAACAUUGGAUUACUCGACCUAUUGUACUCUGGACUUGAUAAAAAUGAUUGGGGUGCCAAUGUUGAAGGUGAUGAUCAUGAAAGUGUUCAUGCUGUUCUUGGAGAGGGAUUUGCAAAGUUUCUUCUGCUCAGUGAGAAUUAUCCAACCAUAUCCACUUGGUUACAUCCUUUGAUUUUAUGCAAGCUCAUCAGCUUGUAUUUCUGUGAUGAAACGAAGGACCUUCAAAGGUUAAAGCAAUGCUUAUCUGUGUUCUUUGAGCAUUAUUCAGCACUCUCACGCAAUCACAAGAAGUGUGUCUCCAGAGCUUUCAUUCCUGUCAUGCGAUCUAUGUGGCCAGGUAUUUAUGGUAAUCCAGGGGGAUCUAGCAUUGUGGUGUCGAAAUUGAGAAAGCGUGCAAUCCAAGCGUCACGUUUCAUGUUGCAAAUGAUGCAAACUCCUUUGUUCUCAAAAGAAUAUGUGGAAGAGCGAUCCAGUGAGAUAAGUUCCGAAAGCCUUUCUAGUUCAGUUCAGUUAUCACAUGACUUUGAUAGCGGGGAGGAGGGCCUUGCAAUUCGUAUUGCUUCCGAAGUGGCAAGCUGCCCGGAUAAGAAGAGCCCCGCUGGAAAAUCAUACCUCUCAGCGCUUUGUAAGAUAGCUUUGUUGAUACAGUUCCGAUCAUCAGAACAAGGGGCAAUCAAGUGCAUGAGGGUGCUGCUGAACAGCAUGAUCAUAUCUUCGUCAACUGACAAGGAAGCUGUUAAAGAACUAAUUCGAAUGGCAGCACACCUUAAAUCUCUUGAUGAUCACCCAGACGAAGAACUGUCCCAGGAGCAAGCUAAUGUUAUUUUUGGGAAGCUAGGUUUGGAUGGUAGCCUUAAAAUGGAUACAUCAGCAGUGCCGCCACCGUCAGUGCUGCGAUCGGCCAGAACUGCUCCACAUAGGAGAAGAGUAAGGCGCGAAGCUUCUCCUGAUCCUGAUGAUGAAGAGAUUUCAUCCGUCCCUGAAGUUUUAACGACUCCUAGCUUGGCCAGCAUGCGCUCUCAGAGGGCAAGCAAGACGGCAGCAAUGAGUAAGAUAACCACCAAAACUACCUGUGAACUGUCGGACGAUGAAGAGGAUGGAGAAUCGAAUGUAACAUCUGAAGGGACUUCAGAUUAAUCUCUGGAUGGGCUUGCAGAAUGAAUCAUCACAAGUUACUGUGACCGUUACUGUAAUGCAUGUACAAACAACUGUCACGUCUUGCUUACUGCCAAGAGUUCAAUCUCUACUGUUGUAUUUACAACAUCAAUAUCAAAAUGCCUCACCUCUAUGUUAAAGUGACCGAUGUACUACAAGAACUUCACGUUACAUAACUUUGCUUAUGAUGGGAUGAGCUAUAUGACUAGUAUUUUAUUUAAAAUUGA